AUGCUCGAAGAUCCCUUUCAAGAAUCAGAAGACAGCUUCAUUGUCGCCUCUGAAACUGCCAUCCCACCACCAGAGUCUUCUUCUCAACCAGUAGCAGCACCACAGCAACAAUAUGACCAGGAACAGGAACAGCUGUUGCAACAACAACAACAAAAGCAACAAAGACAACCACUGUCAACAGUGCCACAACCAGAGCCAAAGCAACAGAAGCCUAAAAAGUCAAAAGAAACAGCCCAUCAAACCAAUGCACCACCCAUGCCAGCAGAAAAAGAGAAGGUUCUAGAAAAGACACCUGAAGAGAAGGAACAAGAAAGGCGACAACAAGCACGCGAUGUCGAAGCCAACCUUGACCAGAUCAGAUUCUCCACAACGUACCAUGAUGAUGUAUACGCUUAUAGACAUGUGAAGCUUCCAAAGGCGAUUUCUCGGUGGCUACCGCAUUACAAGCCAUUGAAAGAAUCCGAAUGGCGAGCACUCGGUGUGCAGCAAUCAUCAAGUUGGGAGCAUUAUAUGGUUCAUGCUCCUGAACCACACAUUCUAUUGUUUCGCGAGCCCAUUGAAAAGUACAAAGCAAGGAUGAGAGAAAGAGAGAAACGAGAACAAGAACUUGCUGCUGCUGCUGCUGCUGCUGCUGAACAAGCAUCCGAGGAUCUUCCCGAGCCAUCACGACCAAGCAAACGUCAAAAGGCUGAGUAG